UAUGAUCAUGUGAGAUCGCCGAACCGAUGUAAACAAAACUAAUGUUGUAUAAUACCUGGAUAUUGUUUGUAAAAAUGUCUGAUGUAGAUCGUGCAAUUUCAGUAUAACGAACUGACUAGUUGUAACAGAAUAAGCACAACAAACUUACUCCAUGCAGUUGUUACUGACUUGUUAGUCAAAUAGUUUCUUUAUUGUAAAACAUUGAACAGUGUGUGAGUUGAUCAAAAGGAAGCCAUGCUCAGGCUUCUUCAAACUAUUGUGUUUUUGGCCGUGUGUUGCUGCAAUGGUUUGACAGGUGGCACCAAAUACACACCAGACUGGAAAUCUCUGGAUUCCAGGCCCCUACCAUCGUGGUACGACGAGUCCAAGAUCGGGAUCUUCAUCCACUGGGGGGUAUUUUCUGUACCAAGCUAUGCAAACGAAUGGUUCUGGUACGACUGGAAGACCGCCAAGAAUCCAGCCGUUAUCAAUUUCAUGAAGAACAACUACCCGCCAGACUUCACUUAUGCUGAUUUUGCACCAAAAUUCACAGCCGAAUUUUACAACGCAGAUGAAUGGGCAAACAUCUUCAGUGCCUCUGGUGCUAAAUAUGUUGUGCUGGUCACCAAACACCAUGAAGGAUUUACAAACUGGCCAUCUAAAGUCUCGUGGAACUGGAACUCCAUGGAUGUUGGACCUAAACGAGAUCUUGUUGGUGAACUAGCCAAAGCUGUAAAGAAGAAGCAAGGCAUGCACUUUGGGACUUACCAUUCCCUGUUUGAGUUCUAUCACCCCCUGUACCUCCAGGACAAGGCAAAUGGAUAUAGGACACAGGACUUUGUCAGGGACAAGACCAUGCCAGAGCUGUAUGAACUGGUCAACAACUACGAACCCGAGGUGAUCUGGUCGGAUGGGGACUGGGAGGCUCCAGAUACCUACUGGAAUUCCACAGAAUUCCUCACCUGGCUCUACAAUGAAAGCCCAGUGAAGGACACAGUUUUAGUAAAUGACCGAUGGGGCAGUAAUACCAGGUGUGUCCAUGGUGGGUUCUGGAACUGUAACGACAAGUACAAUCCAGGAGUCCUUCAGAAACACAAGUGGGAGAAUGCAAUGACACUAGACAAAAGAUCUUGGGGAUAUCGGCGGACAGCUCAUCUCAGUGAUAUCCUGACCAUGGAUGAACUGGUGGAGACCAUUGCUUCAACUGUCAGUUGUGGUGGAAAUGUCCUGGUCAACAUUGGUCCAACACAUGACGGGCGUGUUGUCCCUAUCUUUGAGGAACGACUACGACAGAUGGGACAGUGGCUGGGCGUUAAUGGCGAGGCUAUCUACUCCACCCUACCAUGGACACACCAGAAUGACACCAUUACAGCUGGCGUCUGGUACACCUCUAAGAAAACAGCCAAUGGGACAGAGGUGUAUGCUAUAGUACUGGACUGGCCAAGAAAUAACAAGCUGACCCUGGGCUCACCUGACGCGACCUCGGAUACGGUUGUGUAUCUGCUAGGGUACUCAGGCAAACUGAGUUGGGUACAUGGGGCCCAGUCUGGGGUCAUAAUACAAAUUCCUGAAAUUCCUUACAACAAAAUGCCAUGUCAGUGGGCUUGGGUCUUCAAAUUUUCAAAUCUCAAAUAAGACUGGAUUGUUUUGAUGUAAUCUGCACUUAAACAUUUAAACUUGAACCAUACCAUAAGGGUAAAAAAAGAAAAAAAAAAAAAAAAACCUGUUGAAAAACAUUAUUUACAUAUUCCAUAUCUUUUUUUAUCCCAUUUAUGCUAUGAUUAUUCUAUGUGUAAGUAGAGUCUUUUUAAAAUUCAACAAUCAAAAUGUAUUGGAAUCACAUACACAUCCAUGAUGAUAAUUAAAUGUUUAAAGUAGAAGCAUUUAUAGUGUACAUCAUCAUAACUGGAUAAAAGCCUAGGCUUUUAGAUUGAAAAACAUUGCAUAUGUCUGUGUUAUAGCCUUAAAGCUUGGUCAUUUGGAUAAAUGUCUAAGUUAUAACUAUCAAGGUUACACUUCUUCAAUUAUGUCUGGUCAACAUUCCAGUGUCCUCAUAAAAAUAUGUGUGGGAGUAAAAUAGAUAUUGACACUAUUCCAGUAUGCAUUGUAUGUGUGUGGGAGUAAAGUAGAGAUCAUGUUAACAUUCCAGUAUCCUCUUACAAAAAUAUCGGUGUAGAAGCUCAGUAGAUCUUGACAACAUUUUAGCUGUGUACUGUAUGUUUCCAUUCAAUACACAUGUAGGUGUAAUGUACUCUGUAGUGUAGGUUUAUUCUUACAUUGUCAAUUAGUACAGUAAUUCAUUUACAAUUUGCGAGAUAUAUAUUUCAAAAAAUUAAUUUACAAAGAGGAUCAGUCACAAAUUAUUUUUUUAUUAUGAAAAUGUACUGGAACACCAAUUAAAAGUGUCAACAUGCUUUUUAAAAAUGAUAGGUUUGUUAUUGACACCAUAGGAAAUGUGUAAUGCAAUGAAUGCAUCUGAAAGUAGAGGGUGAAGAUUAUACUUUUUACUUUUUUGUUUUUCUUGCAUUGAAAAGUUAUAUUUUAUAUAAAAAAAAUAUGUGUACAGUUGGGGAUUUUACAUGUAUAAUAUCAGGACUGUGUUGGACGGCAGAGGGUGAAGAUUAUAUCUUUGGUACUUUUUGUACUUUUUGCAGUGAAAAUUAAUACUUUACACCAAAACAUAUUUACUUUUUCUUAUGUUUUAUUUUUAAACCUUCUUCACAGUUUUUUUUUACUUUGAGCAUCAUAAGGUCCAGGACUUAUAUCCUUGGAUAUCAGCAAUCUCAUAAUGUGAUAUAAAAUCAUAGGGGUAUAGUGUAUAUAUCUUGUUUUUGGUAUACAUAUAUUCCUGUGCAAAUAUUGAUCUGGAAUAAAAGAUAAUAUAUAUAGUACAUAUAGUUUGAUAGAUCUGCCAUAAUCAGUUCUGUAGUAAUCGUCCUUUGAAAUAGCUGUAGGUGGCUAGCUUACUUAUUUCAACCUCUACAGAGAUGUCUCAAUGGCGUCUUUAAGACAUAGGACCUCUUUGCAUUGAGUUCUAUCCAAGGGACUAUUCUGGGACACUGUUGAGUAGUAAAUAAAUCUCUUUAACAGAGAAUUGAACCCAAUCUCCUUGCAGGGAACCUUGACCACUGGACCAAUCCACCAAUUAUAUAUACUAACUUGUACUUUAAGAAAUCAAUUACUUACACAAUGCUAUUUAAUGGUGUUCUGUACCUGUACAUAAAUUGAACAUUUAACAUACACUUCACGAUAUCUUUUAAUUUUCUUUGCAAUAAUAUGUCCCAUGUCAGAGUUAUCUCCUGUAGUAUAAUUUUUUUAAUUUAAUUAGAAUAGAGAUAGAGUUAACGUUACAAAAAUGGUUUUAGUACAGCCAUCAUAUAAAUAAAAAUUAGAUUGUUUCCUUGUGAAUACAUAGAAUGAUGCAUUAUGGGAUGUUCAAAAUCAGAUCUCGGAUCAUCUGUUGUCAGGAUAUUAACAAUUAUUUUUAGUUGAAAUUCCUUCAGAAGAAUGUUGAUUUUGAACAACAAAGAUGUAUUUGGUAUCUUACAAUAUGUGUAAAAAUCUUUAAAAAACUGAAUAUCUUCAAAACAAGCAUAUUUUACUUGGCAUAGGUUAAAACAUCUUCAUUAUCGUCAGUUUAAGUUUUAUGCAAAAAUAAGCAUUUUUGAGGAAACUAAAAUUGAUUUUGGUACAAGUAAGUUAAAUGUGAACUUUCACUCAGAAAUCCUUGAAAUUAACAUGCAUAAUUACAGUUACAAUAUAAUCCUUUUGUAAACAGAAGUGAUAUCUAUAUGUGUCAUUUAUAUACAAUUUAUGUAAAUAUAGUUGUAUCUUAUGUAUCAGUUGGAAAAUGUUCAAAUGUUAUGUAGUGUGUUGUCAUAUGACUGAUGUAAGUCCACCCUCAAUGAUUUAUGUGUGAAGAUUGUUUUAUGUGUUCAAAUCAUACAUUACCUAAGUAAUAAGAAUUUAUGAACAUUAAAGCUAAACAUUUUAUACGAAAUGACCUUGAACUAUCAAAAAAUGCUUUAUAUUUCUUUUGAUAAAAGAAUUCUGUCAGCACAUGUUUAUUCCAAAACCAUUUUGAGGACGGAAAAGACAUAGCUACCGGUAACUCAUGUUUUGGUGAUAUUAAGAUGUCUUCAAAAGAAAAAUAAUGUUAUUUGUGUCUAAAUUGAAGCUUUCUAGGACAAUGAAAUUGAACUUGAUUCAUUAUAUAGGAGUCCUCCCUUAUUAAAUACAGUAUGUGUGGGAAAAAACAUUUUAUUCUUCAGUCAUUGAAAUAGUACAUGAACAUGUAGAAGGAGCGUGCAAGGUAAAAUAAUACAUGGCUACUUUAGGAACUAUACAUUGUAAGAUAUCAUAUUUAAUGCAUGAAACCUCAGGCAUUAUUAUCUUAAGCUAAGGCAAAUGUGUCUUAUAUUUCAGCUAAAAUAAUUCUUGAAUAAAAAAUUGUUAUAAAAUCAUUCGGGGGGCGCACAGGAAUUAUACCAUUGAUAAUUUAGUGAUAUUCAAUUUAGAUGCCUUUAUUAGUCAUACUUUGUGGAGAUUUUGAUUUCUAUUUUAAUUAUAAUAUAGACGAUAUAUGUGCCUUUAAUAUAUUUCAGGUAAAAUAAAUCAAUUCUUUAUCUUUAAUCAAGAGUUGUUAUAAAAUCAUUCGGAGGGCGCACAGGAAAUACAUCAUUGAUAAUUAAGUGAUAUUCAAUUUAGAUGUCUUUAUUAAUAAUACUUGGUGGAGAUUUCGAUUUCUAUUUUGGUAAUAUUAUAGACGAUAACCUUGUAGAGGGCACUGGCCACUAUAUUAAUAUUUUAUGGUGUUAUAAAGAUACUGUGCAAUAUGAAUUCAUAUCUGUGUCAUGAUUUUAGAUAUCAUGUGGUGAUUUAUUUUUAAAAGAUAUCAAUAUGGCGUGGUUUACUGCUUAUUAUGAAUAAAUAUGCACAAAAAAAU